AUUUUUGUUAUUGAAAUAUACUUGAAAGUCAAAUUACGCACAGAUAUACAUAUGUAUAUCUUCAUAUAGAUAAUAAUUUUAGGCUGGGUUAUCUAUAAACCACAAACUUAAUUUCCUUUUAAUUUCAACCGUUCUGACCGCCACUUGCAAGGACUAUUUAACUAUUAAUUUAUUGUUUGAAUUUAAUCCCUAACAAUUAACAAUGUUCAGAAGACAGCCCAUGAGUGAAUUUGAAGAAUCAAAAAGCGCCGAAUUAUGUCUCUCACUAUACAGAGACUCCCUAAAAUCAAAAGAUAUGGACCAUGAUGGGACUCAUUUUGAUGGUCAAUAUCCUCACGUCUUCGUAAUACUAGGGGCCUCCGGAGAUUUAGCAAAAAAGAAAAUCUAUCCUACAUUAUGGUGGUUGUAUAGAGACAAUGUCCUACCAGUUAAUACAAUAUUUUAUGGUUAUGCCAGAAGUAAAAUUACUCUGAGUGAAGUCAGACAAAAAUGUUCACCAUGGAUGGAUGUGAAACCUGCAGAAAAAGAAAAGUAUGAAGAAUUUUGGAAACUUAAUCAUUACAUGUCUGGACAGUAUACAUCCAGGACUGAUUUUGAACUAUUGAACAAGGAGAUAGAAAAAUUUGAAAAGGGACCAGUUGCGAAUAGAUUGUUCUAUUUGGCUUUACCACCCACAGUGUAUGAAGAUGUGACAGUGCAUAUAAAAAACAACUGUAUGGGGCAAAAAGGAUGGACACGUAUUAUCAUUGAGAAACCAUUCGGGCGCGAUCUUGAAACAUCUAAUAAGCUUUCCUCACAUUUGAGCCAACUAUUCACAGAACAACAAUUAUACAGAAUAGACCACUAUUUGGGCAAAGAGAUGGUACAAAAUUUAAUGACACUCCGAUUUGGUAACAGAAUCUUUAACCCCACAUGGAACAGUGACCACAUAGCUUCCAUCCAAAUAAACUGUAAGGAACCCUUCGGAACUCAAGGCAGAGGAGGGUAUUUUGACGAAUUCGGCAUUAUUAGGGAUGUAAUGCAGAAUCAUAUUUUACAAAUUCUAGCGCUCGUCGCUAUGGAAAAACCAGCUUCAGUUCAACCAGACGAUAUCAGAAAUGAAAAGGUUAAGGUAUUAAAGAGUAUAGCUCCAAUAAAGCUUAAAGAUGUUGUAUUGGGUCAGUACGUUGGAAAUCCUGAUGGAGAAGGUGAUUCGAAAUUAGGAUACUUAGAUGAUCCGAGUGUUCCUAAAGAUUCUGUUACACCGACAUAUGCCUUAGCCGUUGUCCAUAUCAAUAAUGAGAGGUGGGAUGGUGUACCUUUCAUACUGAAAUGUGGAAAAGCCUUGAAUGAAAGAAAGGCUGAAGUAAGAAUACAAUUUAAGAAUGUACCUGGUGAUAUAUUUGAUGGAAAACCCAAGAGAAAUGAACUAGUUAUUCGGGUUCAACCUGGAGAAGCCCUGUAUGUAAAGCUUAUGGUAAAAACCCCUGGUAUGGCUUUUGAUAUGGAAGAAACCGAACUAGAUCUUACAUAUAGUAAUAGAUAUGCUAAUGUAAAGCUUCCGGAAGCAUAUGAACGAUUAAUAUUAGACGUAUUUUGCGGUUCCCAAAUGCACUUUGUUCGUGCUGAUGAAUUGACGGAAGCCUGGAGAAUAUUUACCCCUCUAUUACAUUAUAUCGAAAAAGAAAGAGUGAAACCUGUUCCAUACGUAUAUGGUAGCAGGGGACCAAAAGAAGCCGAUGAACUAUUGUAUAACAAUAACUUCAAGUAUACUGGGUCAUACAAAUGGAAGCCAAAAAUGUAAAUUUACCGAAAAUUUUAUCUAAAGACAAUAAUAUAUAUGAUGUAAAAACAAUUUUUAAUUUUUCAAUUUUUUUAACUAUUUUAUAUGGAUUCAUUGUUAUUUUUUAAGCAAAUUGUUAGCAAUAAAAUGAUUUUAAAUCAUA